CCCCCACUCCCUUCUUCCUCCUUCCCCGGACUCUGCCCCCUCCGCUCCUUCCACUUCUUCUCCCCACCUGCACACCGAGAACCACCGUCUCCACCAGGCAGCCGUCGUCGCCGCCGCCGCCCGGGCUCGCAGAGCCAUCUCCAACAAGCCGUACCUGGGUUUCUAAGGCCCCUCCUGAUCUCUUGGCAAGAAAAGCAGAUUUCUUGACUUGAUUGGUUGGGGGAGGAACGAGAGGGGAGGCGAUGGUGGUGGUGAGAUAGGGUUUGCAGACAUACAGGGUGAUGGGGAGCUGCGCUGGAGAGGAGGAGGAGUGGCCCGGCGGCGUGACGGGGCCGGACGCCGAGGUCGGAGCGCUCGUCUGGGUGCGCCGCCGCAACGGAUCCUGGUGGCCGGGCCGGAUCCUGGGCAUGGACGAGCUUCCCGAGAACAUCGUCAUCCCGCCGCGCUCCGCCGGCACGCCUAUCAAGCUCCUCGGCCGCCCCGACGGCAGCAUUGACUGGUAUAAUCUUGAGAAAUCUAAACGUGUGAAGUCAUUUCGGUGUGGAGAAUAUGAUGAAUGUAUAGAAAAAGCCAAGGUUCUAGCUCGCCAGCAAAAGAGGACACAUACUGAAGGGAGAUAUGUUCGCAGAGAGGAUGCCAUUAUGCAUGCCCUUGAAAUCGAAAGGUCCCGCUUUCCAAAUAACUGUGAUGAUCUUGAAGAGGACGCUGCCAAUGAUAUGUGUACAUCCCAUAAUAUAUGCUCUGCAAAGUCUAUAAAUAUAAAUGGGCUCAGCAAAAAAUCUCGUGGUGCAAAGAGUCUGUAUGAUAUAGAAGAAAAUUCAGCUCAAGAGUCGUCUCAAGCCUUGACACUGUAUAAACAGCCACAAAAUUUAUCCUCUUCAAGCACUAGGUAUGCAUCGUCAAAAAGAAAGAAGCGGAAGGGACAUAAAGAUCAUGAGGAUGAUACAGUUCAAGGAUUCCAGCGUAUGAGAGAUCUUAGGGAAAUUGGAACAAAGAAUGUUCCCAAGCAGAAGUCUGGUGCAGGACCUGUUUCAGAUGUACCUCUUUUUGAAAGUGGACCGAGCUUUGGCUAUGAUUUGUCCAGUGCCAAUGGGAUAAAAAAGGGUAAGCAGUCUCAGUCAUCCAUAAAAAAGAAACGGUCCAGUAUCGGGCAGUCCUAUGAUAGUUUGAGUAAGAAAGAUAGGCAUCGCCCUCUAUCAAUGUUAUCUGAAGAUUCUGAAGUGUCUGGAACUUAUUAUCAUUGGGACCCUUCAGUCCAGUCUUCUAGUCAGUACCCAGGAGGCCAGAUACCCAAUUUGUUUGAAUCAAGUAGGGCAAAAAAUAUUUUUCCGUCUGAUGUAAAUAACUGUUCCUACAGCUCAGGCACUUCAAGUUUGGAGACAUUAUUAGAUACAUCACACAUCAAUCAUAAAGGUUCUGUAAAUGCUGUUACUCUCAAGGAUGCUGACCCAUGCACGACUGGAUUUCUCAAUGAUGACUGCCUUGAUUGUGAUGGAUUUCUUGAUGCCGUUACUUUGGAGGGUGAUGUUCUGCAGGAAGGCCAUUUGGAUACUUAUGGAUCUUGUGCAUCCAUAAAGGAUCAAAUUUCAAAACUGGGUAAUCAAAGUACUGGCUGUGGCAUAGGUGGCAUACCUUCAACUCGACAUAAUAGAAAUUCCAAGAAGAAAAGCAUAACGUCUGUCAAUUUGAUACCUAAAGAAAGCCAGAAGAGGGAUAUAAAUUCGCUGCUGCAAUGUGAAGGGAUUAUAAAAUCGGAAGGUACUGUCUUUAGGCCUGCUGAACUUGAGGAUAAUACACAACAUGCGACUCCUGAGCAUGAUGAGUCCUCUGAAACUAUAAGCAACCAUUCAAACUCGGAGAAGGGCACAACAUCAUUCUCCAAUUAUGUUCCGCUUCAAGUACUACCACCGCCUGGACAGCGGCCUGAUCUGAAACCUCCAAGAUGCCCUGUAACGAGUCCAACCAAGAGAGCACGCACAGAUAGAUUAUAUGAUGUUGAGCUGACUGUCCAAAGAAGCUACAAGGGUCAUCAUGUGCCCCUUGUUUCCCUCAUGAGUAAAUGGACAGGUAAACCAAUUGUGGGGUAUCCUGUCACCGUGGAGGUUUUGGAGGAUAGUUGUCCCAUAACAAGUAGAGAUGAGCACCACCCUGUGAAGGGCAGUCUAGACUCCUUACUGAAGAGCAAAGUUGCAGAACCACGGCAAGCAAGAUCUUCACAUGCACCACGAUCAAAAUCUAAAUCCAGUGGACGUAAAAAGGCCUCAGAACAUGAUUUGGACAAGUCUUGGCGGCCCCAUACCAAGAAACCAGCAUCUUCACCGAGGAAAAUGAGGAGGCUAUCAUCUUUCGCCGGCAGCCGGAGAGAGUGUGCAGACCAGAAGCCUGUAGUUGCAAAAACUGGCGGACCAGCAGUUGCGUGCGUCCCACUUCGGCUCGUUUUCAGUAGGAUCAAUGAAGCACUAAGCUUUCCGUUGAGACAGGAAAACCCCACCUGAAGUUGUGGCAGUUUUGCAUUGCAGAGAUAGAAUGGGGGCAGGCAUAUACAUUUGCUAGGUUUUCUUUGUACAUUAGUUACCAUGUUAUCUAAAAGCUUGUUGCCUGGCAUAUUUAUAUCAGUAUAUCAUGAUGUAAUCUGUAACUGCACUAGGCAAUUACAACUUACCCACCGUGAGAUAAGGGUCGAACAUCCAAAGGUGGGAAGAAAUAAGAGGGGCAUCAGUUGCUGUGGCUUCAUCUGACAGUGGAGGAAAAAAUGGCAGCAGCCCUGUUCACAUACAUCUUAUAAAAUUCUCAUGUUUGCUGGCAACUUUUAGUUGUUUUAGGCAAGUAGCAAGUUGCUGUUUAUAAAAUUCCCUCAUAUUUGCCGGCUACAUUUAGUUGUUUUAGGCAAGUAGCAAGUUGCUGUAUGUAAUCAGUCAUUGCAACGAUUUCAGGGCUUAGUGCAACUACUUGCAGCUUUGAGCA